AUGCUCCCCCUCAGAGCACUCGCACGCUCCGUGCCAGCUCGCCAGUGCCGCUCCGUGCAGCUCGCCCGAUCUGUGGCAUCGUCACCAUCAGCGCGGCCAGCAGCGCACUACCUGGCCAUCUACCGCUCACAGGAAGCCUCCAGGUCUUUGCAUACCUCUUCCAUCAGGCUGAAGGAAAAACGCUGGGUCAACAGCACGCCCCCUGCCGAGGGCGAAGACGAAGGCAAGGAAGGCUCCCAGGCUAAAGAGCAGGCGAAAGACUCGGCAGCCGAGGCAGAGUCAUCCAAAUCCGCCGAGGAGCGUGCAAAGGCUGAGGUCGAGGCGUCCAAGCCUGAAAAUGUCAAGGCAUCUGCCAACUCGAGCUCUGGAGCUGGUUCUGCACCUCCAGCGACCCCCCCAGCCGGCGCGCCAGGGGGUGAGUCACCGCCCGGCGGUACCCCCAAAGAGCUUGCAAAGCCCAUCAUCCCCUCCAUAUACCCGCAGGUCCUUGCUAUCCCCAUCACCCACCGACCUCUCUUCCCUGGUUUCUACAAGGCCGUCACUGUGCGCUCACCGCCGGUUAUCAAAGCUAUCCGAGAUCUCCAGGCUCAUGGCCAGCCUUACGUUGGCGCAUUCUUGUUGAAGGACUCGACUAGCGACUCAGACGUCGUCACAGAUAUCAAUCAGGUCCACCCUGUUGGUGUGUUCUGUCAGAUCACGAGCUGCUUCACCUCGCAAGAAGGUGAGGGCAAGCCCGAGGCCUUGACUGCGGUCUUGUUCCCACACAGACGGAUCAAGAUCGAUGAACUGGUCUUGAACCCCGAGGAGACUGGUGCUGGCGACAAGGUGAAUCUAAAGACCCUCGUCGAGUCUGUGCAGAACAACGAGAAGGGUGAGGGAGAAGUGGAGAGCUUUGAGCCCGAGGUCCCUACCGUGGAAGAGGUGCGAGAGGAGCUCGCCGCGGUGCCAGAGGAGCAAAAGGCAGAGGAGAACAAGAAGGAAGAGAACAAGGAGGAAAAGCCGGAAGGAAAGGUGGAAAACACAAAGAUCGACUUCCUCUACCCUCUCCUGCCAGAAGUGUCCUUGACCAAUGUCACAAAUGUCGGCCUCGAGCCUUAUGAGAAGGACUCUCAGGUGAUCAGGGCGAUCAUGAGCGAGUUGAUCUCGGUAUUCAAGGAGAUUGCUCAGCUUCAACCCAUGUUUAGAGAGCAAGUGACAAGCUUUGCCAUCUCCAACACUUCUUCGCAAGUCUUUGAUGAACCCGACAAGCUUGCCGACCUCGCAGCGGUGGUUUCCACAGCCGACAUAACCGACUUGCAAGCCGUGCUCGCCUCCACUUCGAUCGAGGACCGCCUCCAGCGCGCUCUCGUCCUCCUUAAAAAGGAGCUCAUCAAUGCCCAGCUGCAGUUCAAGAUUGCCCGUGACGUCGACACCAAGAUCCAAAAGAGGCAGAGAGAAUACUACCUUAUGGAGCAGCUCAAGGGUAUCAAGAAGGAAUUGGGCAUGGAAAGCGACGGCAAAGACAAGCUCGUGGAAGGGUUCAAAGAGAAAGCGAGCAAGUUGGCGAUGCCAGAGGGCGUGAGAAAGGUAUUUGACGAGGAGCUAAACAAGCUUGUCCACCUCGAGCCUGCUGCGAGCGAGUUCAAUGUCACGCGUAAUUACAUCGACUGGCUCACCCAAGUUCCUUGGGGCGUCCACACACCGGAAAACUGCGACAUUUCCCAUGCCAUCAAAGUCCUUGACGAGGACCACUACGGCCUGAAGGAUGUCAAGGAUCGUAUUCUCGAGUUUAUGGCCGUCGGCAAACUCAGAGGUACGGUGGAAGGUAAAAUCUUGUGCCUUGUCGGCCCUCCUGGUGUUGGUAAGACGAGUAUCGGCAAGAGCGUUGCCAGAGCACUUGGCAGACAGUUCUUCAGAUUCUCUGUGGGUGGUUUGACGGAUGUGGCAGAGAUCAAGGGUCACAGGAGGACAUACAUUGGUGCUAUGCCUGGUAAACCCAUCCAAGCCUUGAAGAAGGUUGCCACCGAGAAUCCCCUUAUCCUCAUUGACGAAGUCGACAAGAUCAGCAAGGCCUACAACGGUGACCCCGCUUCGGCUCUUCUUGAAAUGCUCGAUCCGGAACAGAACAAGUCUUUCUUGGACCACUACCUUGACGUCCCCAUUGACCUCUCUCGUGUACUCUUCGUCUGCACUGCCAAUGUUCUCGAGACCAUCCCCGGUCCUUUGCUCGACCGAAUGGAGGUGCUGGAGGUGUCUGGAUAUGUGUCGGCGGAGAAAAUGAGCAUCGCGGAGCGUUAUCUGUCCCCUCAGGCCAAGGAGGCGUCAGGAUUGAAGGAUGUGAAGAUCGAGCUGGAGCCGGGAGCGAUCGAAGCUUUGAUCAGAUAUUACUGCCGAGAGAGUGGUGUCAGGAAUUUGAAGAAGCACAUUGACAAGAUCUACCGUAAAGCUGCCUUCCAGAUCGUCACCGAUCUCGGCGAAGAAGGGCUUCCAGAACCCAACUCGGCCCCUAUCGAAGGACAAGUCGAAGCUCAACAACCCGAUGUCAAGCCCCCCUCCGAGCUGAAUCCCAACGACCAUGAGCUCGAAAAGAAGAAGAGCACAGAGACCAAGGCGGACGUGACUACCGUCAAGCGGGAUCCUCUGAAGAUUCCAGAUGACGUCCAUGUCACAAUCACGCCGAGUAAUUUGAGAGAAUAUGUUGGCCCACCUAUCUACCACAAGGACAGGCUGUACAGCAACGCUCCGCCUGCAGGUGUAAGCACUGGCUUGGGUUACCUCGGUAACGGUUCUGGUGCUGUCAUGCCCAUCGAAGUCAACGCUAUGCCUGGUAAGGGCAAUCUUCAGCUUACCGGUAAGCUCGGAGAAGUGAUCCGGGAAUCUGCCCAAAUCGCUCUCUCUUGGGUAAAGGCCAACGCCUACCUCUUGGGUAUCACCAAAUCUGAAGCGGAGGUGACUCUCAACAACCGAGACGUCCACUUGCACAUGCCCGAAGGAGGCAUCGGCAAAGAAGGACCUUCGGCUGGUACCGCAAUCUUGACGGCAUAUGUGUCUUUGUUCACAAAGACCAAGGUGGACCCCGAUGUGGCUAUGACGGGAGAAAUCAGUCUGUUGGGACAAGUGCUGCCUGUUGGUGGACUGAAGGAGAAGAUUCUGGCGGCUCAUCGCGCGGGUAUCAAGAAACUCAUUGUCCCCGCCGCCUGUAAACCUGACAUUGACGAGAACGUUCCCGAGUCCGUCAAGGGCGGCAUCGAGUUUGUCUUCGUUGAGGACGUUCUUCAGGUAUUACACGAAGCUUUCCGUGGAAGCGAGGCAGAGAAGAGAUGGCAAGAAACAUUACCAAUGGAUGAGGAGCCUGAGAGGGUGAAGCAUUAG